AUGGGGAAGAAGAAAUCAAAGGAGACGAAGGCUGAAUCACAAAACGAAGAGUCUCUGCCGCAAUCAGGUAUCUUCACCACUCUCUUCUCCGGCGAUGCGGCUGAAGGCGAAACCUCUGGCUUUUCGAGUCUCUUCUCCAACGAUAACCCUUUCCGACGAAAGCAACCGGAGCCAAAACCAGAGAAAAUCGAUAACAAGGAUGAGGAAAUCGACACAGUUUCGCCCGUGAAGACGAAGAAAUCUAAAAAGGAGAAGAAACCGAAAUCUCCGGAUUCAGAUUCCGACGCCGAGACGAAAUUGGAUGUUGUCGAGAGUGGGUUGGAUUCAAAGAGGAAGAAGAGGAAGAGAUAUGAGGUAGAGAGCGAAUACGAGACGAAGAUGUAUGGAAGCGUAGAGAAGAAGGAGAAGAAGGUUGGUGAGAAGAGGAAGAAAGCUGAUGAAGUAGCGGAUACAAUGGUUUCGAAAGAAGGAUUCGAUGAUGAGAGUAAGCUUCUUAGAACUGUUUUCGUCGGGAACUUGCCAUUGAAGGUGAAGAAGAAGCUCAUCUUGAAAGAAUUUAGCAAAUUCGGUGAGGUUGAGUCCUUGAGGAUACGCUCUGUGCCAAUUGUCGAUUCAAAGAAAACGAGGAAAGGGGCUAUAAUGUUGAAGCAGAUCAAUGAGAAAGCUUCAAGUGUUCAUGCUUAUGUAGUGUUUGAAACAGAGCAAUCUGCUGAAGCUUCUCUUGCACAUAACAUGUCUCUGAUUGAUGGGAAUCAUAUCCGCGUUGAUAGAGCUUGUCCUCCUCGUAAGAAGCUGAAAGGUCAGGAUGCUGCUCAUUUGUAUGAUACUAAGAGGACUGUCUUCUUGGGAAAUCUCCCAUUCGAUGUGAAGGAUGAGGAGGUGUAUCAACUGUUUACUGGUAAGAGUAAUACGGAGAGCAGCAAUGUAGAAGCUGUUCGUGUGAUCAGAGAUCCUCACUUGAACAUUGGAAAAGGAAUUGCUUACGUCUUGUUUAAGACUCGGGAAGCUGCACAUUUGGUACUCAAGAAAGGAUAUUUGAAGCUUAGAGAGAGAGAGCUACGUGUUUCUAAAGUCAAAGCUGAUGCAACACCAUCAAAGAGAAAGGAGAAUCCUUCUGGAGCUUUUAACUCGCCGGCUCAGAAGAGACAACAGAAGGAGCAAAUAGUCAUACCAGUUGCGUCGGCAAAGGGUAAUCUUUCGUAUCAAGGCGCACGAGCAUCGAAAUCCGGUGACGAUAAGAAGAAGCCUUACCAGAAAAGCCCUGCGCAGUCAAAGAUGAUGAGACCUAGAAGCAGCAGCAGCAGCGGCAAUGAAGGCAACAAAGGUGGUAAUAGUAGUAGUGCUCUGAAGCAGCGGAGUCAGAAACGGCCUGCGGUUGCGGCAAGGAAAGCGAAAGCAAACUCGAAAAGUUCGAGAGAGAGCGGUGGUGGUGGUGGUGGUAAGAGAUUUGCAGGGACCAAGCGUAAACAGGAAAGCAGAACGCCUGAGAGCGUCUCUAAGAAGAAGAAACCAAAGCGGUUUUAG